GGGUGCUUUAUAUUCAUCUGUUACUUGUCGCCUGCCUCUUAUGAAUCAGGAUCCCUGGCUGAGAUGGUACUUUACGAAGUUGCGAUGUCCCCUGAGGACCUGAGCGCCAAGCGAUCAAAGAAGCACCGUAUGGGCUGGGCAGCCGGAGUCGGAUGUCGCCGGGCGGCAGGUCACUGCCACAUAGACCUCCUCUGGCUUGGCACGACACCUUUUAAAUGCAGGAUCACGGUCGCCUGUCCCAUUUUCCCAACCGGCUUCUUCCCGUGCCUCCUGCACACCCCCACCCGCAUCCCAUUAUAUGCCCGACGCCUCUUCACCCCCCUCCCCACCGCUCUCCGCCUCAAAGGCCGCCGACGAGACGGAGCUCUCGCAGAAGUGCCAGUGGCAGGACUGCACCCAGUCCUUCGCCGACCCCGAAUCGCUCUACAACCACCUAUGCAACGAUCACAUUGGCCGCAAGAGCACAAAUAACCUCUGUUUGACUUGCAAGUGGAAGGAUUGCGGGACCUCCUGCGCCAAGCGCGACCACAUCACCAGUCAUCUUCGGGUCCAUACGCCGCUCAAGCCUCACGUCUGCGAGAUCUGCAAAAAGUCUUUCAAGCGGCCGCAAGAUCUGAAGAAACACGAGAAGAUCCAUACUGAGGAACAUCACGCUCAGCACAAGCACUCGAAGGCCAUCACUGUUGCCGAUCCUGCUUACUCUUCCCGCGUCCGCGGUGAAACUGCCGAUGCGGGUCGGACCAUAGGCAAGCCGGCUUCUGGUAAAGGCAACAUCCCACCUCGUGCACCGUCUCAUUCGUCGACUGCAUCGGAUGGCUCGUAUCCUAACUUCCCCCCGACGCCAUCGCCUGGUUACUCUCCGCCGCCGAGCGAUGAAUUUUCCGCGCAGUGGGAGAGCGUGAGCGCUGGCUCGAAGCGAUCGCACGACUAUUCGGUUGGGGACUUCUUCACAGAUGUGAAGAAAACGGAGGCUGAGCCCGGCAUACGAUCAUCGUAA